AAAAGCUCUCCUCUUUCCAUCACACACACAUGUCUGUGUUGAAAGAUAGUGCUGGAGAAACUAUUGCUUUUCCCCAAAUUUACAGGUUACAACAAAGGAAAGAUGAGGGCCUUUUACAUUUGGUUUCUCUUCCAUCUUUGGUUUGGAAGUUCAACUUUUGUGCCACAGUGUGAGAAGGGAUGUGAUUGUCAAGAAGUCUUGAAAUGUGUUAACUGCUCAAAAGCAGCUUUCACCUAUAUACCUGGCAACCUCUCCUCAGACACAGAACACUUUGAUUUAUCCUGGAACAAUCUGACAGUCAUUCCUGUGGGAGCUUUGAGUUUCUUGUGGAGGUUAAAGGUGCUGCUAAUUAAUGACAACGACAUCAGGGUCAUAGAAGAUGGUGCCUUCUCGUGCCUUGAGAAUCUCCGGAGACUGGAUCUGAGCCGCAACAAGAUCUCCUCUCUUGGCAACGGAUUUUCCAUUGGGUUGCAGUCCCUUGGAGAGCUACUUCUGUCAGAGAAUCAGCUGAGGGCUCUGAACAGCGAGAGCUUCCAGCACCUGGACAACUUGCAGAAACUCAACUUGAGCUGCAACAACAUCAGUUACAUCGAGAUCAGAGCCUUCAGGCACAUGACCUAUCUCAGGCAACUGCACCUGAAUGAGAAUAGGCUGGCAACCCUAAAUAAUAAUAUUUUCUCUAUGUUGAAGUCACUGGAGGUUCUUAACCUUGAAGGAAACCAGAUCAAUAAUACGGAUCUUGAUGUUUUCAUGCCCUUGAGUAGCUUAACAUUGCUGAACUUGGUUCAAAAUCAACUACAGAGCAUCAAAUUUAAGACUUUUGUAAGCAUUCACAAUUAUGAAACCCAUAUCUUGCUAGCUGGAAACCACUGGCACUGUGACUGUGACCUCCAGCGGGUCUUUCGGAAACUUCAGAACACACAAAGACUGAUCUUGGAUGACUAUGAAUACCUGACCUGUAAAGAGCCACAUGAACUUGAAGGCCACAAGAUUGUAGAUGUGGAAAAUGAGCUCUGUUUUGGGGAGACAGUGACAGUCUUGAUCAUCACCUUCACAGUUAUUGUCACUGUGGUGGCAGCCAUUGUCAUGGCCGAGAGAAACAGGAAAAAACGGACUGGCAAGCACUGGAGUGAGGAGAGUGAUAUGACCUAUGACUCCCAGGACUAGCUGGUUCUCACCUUACAGUGCCAUGGCCUCUCCACAGAAAUACCAUACAGUGUUCAUAGUUUGAAUGAUUUGUCAAGACAAUUUUUAAUGCAUUUUUUUUCAAAAUAUUUGAAGAUGAGGGGAAACUUAUAACCCUUUAGAAUGCAGUUUAUCAUCUUGAUCAGCAAACACCAAAAACAUUUAAAAUUAAUACUGCAUUACUUAGCAUACUUCUGCUCUAAAGUUCUUCAGACAUAUUAUUUUUAUUUUUUCAGUUAUAGUUAUAAAGCAAUGCUUAGUUUUCAAUGAACUGGUAUAGAUGUUAAAAGUUUACCCAUAGGACAAAUGCUAAUGUUAACUCAAUUAACUCAAUUUUGCAGAUGUUCCAU